GUCAUUUGUUUAGUCUUUUACUGACCGGAAGUUCAUUGUGUUUGUUUACAAAAAAUAAACCCAUGUGUCUAUUGUGGUAAAACUGGCGAUUAUGAAAUAAGCCUCAUUACACGAUGGCAACAAAUGGUCAUGAAAAUGAACAGUGUAUUGGUCUACAGGUUCAUACGUUUUCUGAAAAAUUAAUGGACACUGAAGUUUUCUUUCAAAUUAUUGCAUUUGACCAUGGCUUUUUCUUGUGGAUUGGUACGUCUCCAGCUGCACUUGGGGACCUCUCUCUUGCCAUGAAGACCAAAUAUAGCCAAGAACCAAGUACAUCAACACUGUUCGGAACCUCAGAUUCUCCAACAUCAGCACUAGCACAAAGAUUAGCAAAGAAAACGAGUAAACAAGUAUUUGUUGGUGGCAACAUGAAUUAUAAUCAACUGAUGUUACCAUUGAUAGAAAAAAGAAUAGGUGAAGAAAUGAAAGCACAUCCAGAAAUUUUCAUGCAGUAAAUGUUUAAAACAAAGCUAAAGUAAAGAUACAAGCGUUAUGAAUGAUAGAGUGAACACAGAUAAAUUAGUGCUAACAUACAUGUAAAUAUAGCUAUGCAAAGGGCUUCUUUUUCCAUAAGUCUGAUACAUAUGUAUUUCUUCAUAUUUGAUUAACAUGGCAUGGAAAAAUGAUUAUUGCAGUGGUCUGGUGCAUGUUCUCUUAUUGUUGCAUAGAUUUGUUAACAAAUAAAGGAUUAAUAUGAACAGAUUUCUACCUGUUUCUAAGUCUUGUACAAAUAAAAUUUAUAUUUCGAGACAAUGUAUGGUUAUUCUAUAUUUACAUUUAGAUUGACUGAUUGUAACUGUAUUUGAAUUGCUUUAUUAUUUUUUUUACAUUGUAAAUAGUUAAACUA